GGAGGCUUGAGGAGAGGGGCGUGCUCACCUUUAGCCCCGCCCCAGUCCCCCUGCUGGCGGGGCAGGCGUUUCAGUCGCGGGCGGCUGCGGAGCUCCUCAGAGAUUCAGCUCCCUUUUCAGGCUCGCCGUUGGGAUCAUUCUCUUGGCCCCGCCAAACAGACGGGGGAAACGGUCCCGAUUGCGGGGCCAUGGCAGUAGCCUCCUCGUCCUUCGCUGCCGCUAGUUCCGACGAGUCGCCUGCUUCUGCGCGAGGGACCCCCACCACCUCCGCGGGCUAAGAGCCUCUGCCGCCUCGGAGCUGUUAGGACUACUAUGCUCCCACUUUGCUGCUGCCUCCGCCUCCCGCCCGCGCAGGCACCCCUCUGGCUGUUCAGUCCCGCCUCAGUGUCAAACCAGAAGAGAAGUAAAACUCAACAAAAUUUUAUUAUGUGUGGAGUUCCUUCUUAAAAGAAGAAAAAAGUGAUUAUUGAGACUAUGGAUCGGAGCAAACGGAAUUCAAUUGCAGGCUUUCCUCCACGUGUGGAGCGUCUUGAAGAUUUUGAAGGAGGUGGUGGAGGAGAUGGGAACAUGACCCAAGUGGGAAGAGUUUGGCCAUCUUCAUAUCGAGCUCUUAUAAGUGCCUUUUCUAGACUGACACGUUUAGAUGACUUCACCUGUGAAAAAAUAGGGUCUGGCUUCUUCUCUGAAGUGUUCAAGGUGCGUCACCGAGCUUCUGGCCAAGUGAUGGCUCUUAAGAUGAACACACUGAGCAGUAACCGGGCAAACAUGCUGAAAGAAGUUCAGCUCAUGAAUAGACUCUCCCAUCCCAACAUCCUUAGGUUCAUGGGUGUGUGUGUACAUCAAGGACAGUUGCAUGCGCUUACAGAGUAUAUCAACUCUGGAAACCUGGAGCAGUUGCUAGACAGUAACCUGCAUUUGCCCUGGACUGUGAGGGUGAAACUGGCCUAUGACAUAGCAGUUGGCCUCAGCUACCUUCACUUCAAAGGCAUUUUCCAUCGGGACCUCACAUCUAAGAACUGCCUGAUAAAGAGGGAUGAGAAUGGUUACUCUGCAGUGGUAGCUGACUUUGGCCUGGCUGAGAAGAUUCCUGAUGUGAGCAUGGGUUGUGAAAAGCUGGCCGUGGUGGGCUCACCAUUCUGGAUGGCACCUGAGGUUCUCCGAGAUGAGCCCUAUAAUGAAAAGGCGGACGUGUUCUCUUACGGUAUCAUCCUCUGUGAGAUCAUCGCCCGCAUCCAGGCUGAUCCGGACUGUCUUCCCCGCACAGAGAACUUCGGGCUAGACUAUGAUGCUUUCCAGCAUAUGGUGGGAGACUGUCCCCCAGACUUUCUGCAGCUCACCUUCAACUGCUGUAAUAUGGACCCCAAACUGCGCCCAUCCUUCGUGGAGAUUGGGAAGACCCUGGAGGAAAUUCUGAGCCAUCUACAGGAAGAAGAGCUGGAGACAGACAGGAAGCUGCAGUCCACAGCCAAGGGACUCUUGGAAAAAGGACCUGGGGUGAAGCGACUGAGCACACUGGAUGACAAGAUCCCCCCCAAGUCCCCACGCCCAAGACGUACUAUCUGGUUGUCUCGAAGCCAAUCAGACAUCUUCUCCCAUAAGCCCCCACGUACAGUGAAUGUCUUGGACCCAUACUACCAGCCACGAGAUGGUGCUGCCCGCACCCCCAAAAUCAACCCUUUCAGUGCUCGCCAAGACCUCAAGGGUGGCAAGGUCAAGUUCUUUGACCUGCCCAGCAAAUCUGUUAUCUCCCUGGUAUUUGACCUGGACGCACCAGGGCCUGGAACUCUGCCUGUGGCUGACUGGCAGGACCCCCUAACCCCACCUGCUCGCCGGUGGCGUUCUUUGCCUGGUUCACCAGAGUUCUUGCAUCGAGAGUCCUGUCCAUUUGUUGGCCGAGAAGAAUCACUAUCUGAUGGGCCCCCACCACGCCUCAGUAGUCUCAAGUACAGGGUGAGAGAGAUCCCGCCAUUCCGAGCCUCUGCCCUCCAAGCUGCUCCAGCCCACGAAGCCAUGGACUGCUCCAGUCCCCAGGAAGAAAAUGGUUUGGGGCCCAGGCCCCAGGGAACCAGUUCAUGCCUUGCAGGUGCUUCUGAGGAAAUGGAGGUAGAAGAAGAAAGGCCAAGAGGCUUGGCUCCAGUCCCUUUCUCUGUCUCAGGCAUAGGCCUGAAAACCCAGGGAAAACAGGAUGGGUGAGAGGGGUUAGUCCCCAGCUCACCUUGGGGGUGGACCUUCAUUUGAAGCCAGAGGGCCCCCUUGGUGCACAGCCUCGACUCUUCCCUGCAGCCUACAGAGCAGGCAGGCCAGGCCAGGCUCAAUCUGGGGACUCCAAGUGCCCAAAGGCUGUGUAUGAGAGGGGAGGCAGCAGUGAAAGGCCUUCCCAGGCAGGGCCAACAGCUGAUACAAAGCUUCUGAAAUCCAGCAAGGAGCUCUGGCUCCCACCCAACUCCCACUGCACUUCCCCAGACAGGACCAGAGGACUCUUAGUUCUGGUUUGAGCUGGCAGGCAGCUAAUACCCCAGGUUCUUCUCCCACCCCAGGUCUGUCAUAUAAGCUACUGGAUGGAACCUGGAGCUAACCAGGAAGCCAUAAAAGGCAUGGCUAUUUCUCAGACCUGAAGAACGGGGAGCUUCUUGCCAGGACGUCUAAGACACUUGAAUAAUUGCUGUUUGCACUUACUGCAUAGUCAGACCACAUCACUACAUUUCUAUGCAAGGGGAGGGUGAGGCAGCGUGGUGGUCAUGGCUCUUAGCUAACCUAUUCAAAGAUCUUUUCCAGUUGAUUAAUCUAUUUUCAUAUUUAUGAAGGAGUCUUAAUGUUCUGCCCCAGAAACUUUCAACCUUGUGGUUGGGAGUGGGGCCGGUUUUGUAGGCCUCAGGGCCUGCUCUAUCUAUUUGUCAA